UGUUAAUUACAUACAAAUUAUGUAAAUUUCCAAUUGAAUUUAUAACAAAAGCACGGUCGCUGAAAUUGAAUAUCCACUGGUUCCGAUAGUCCACCAACCGUUUACCAGCACUGGCCUCUGACACCUCGUGUUUUUGUUCUUUUCUCCGCAUCGCCAUCGCCAGGCAAGAGUGCGCGCUAGAUUUUCGUUUAUUUAAUCGUUUAGCCAGCAACCAAGGCACUGCGAAAUGUCCGCAAUCGAGACCCUGAAUGUGGAGGCGGCAACGCCCGAGAUUGGCGAGGAGGUCAAGAAACAAAAGAAGCCCAAGCCGAACAACAAGAAGCUCCGCCAAGAAGCGGCAGCUAAAAAGGCCUCCGGAGAAGGCGUCGACGAAGAACUCACCACAAACGGAGAUGCCAAACCGGCAGCUCCGGCCGCUCAGCCGGCAAAGAAGAAGGGAAGCAAGGGCAAAAAGAGCGGUCAGACUGAUCCGCCUACCAUACCCAUUGCCAAGCUUUAUCCAGACGGCAACUUCCCCGAGGGCGAGAUCGUGGAGCACCCCACGCCCAAGGAUCUGCCGGACGAUCGCACCGCCAAGGACCGCUUCACAUCGGAGGAGAAGCGUGCCCUGGACCGCAUCAACACGGACAUCUACCAGGAGUUGCGCCAGGCGGCUGAGGCCCAUCGCCAGACGCGCCAGUAUAUGCAGCGCUACAUAAAGCCGGGCAUGACCAUGAUCCAAAUCUGCGAAGAGCUGGAGAACACUGCUCGCCGUUUGAUCGGCGAGAAUGGCCUGGAGGCCGGUUUGGCCUUCCCAACUGGUUGCUCUCUUAACCACUGCGCCGCCCACUACACUCCCAAUGCCGGCGAUCCCACCGUGCUGCAGUACGACGAUGUGUGCAAGAUUGAUUUUGGCACUCACAUCAAGGGGCGGAUCAUUGAUUGCGCCUUCACGCUGACCUUCAACAACAAGUACGACAAGUUGCUGCAGGCGGUCAAGGAGGCCACCAACACGGGCAUCAAGGAGGCGGGCAUCGAUGUGCGCCUAUGCGACAUCGGCGCCGCUAUCCAGGAGGUCAUGGAGUCAUACGAGAUCGAGCUGGACGGCAAAACAUAUCCCAUCAAGGCCAUUCGCAACUUAAAUGGACACUCCAUCAGCCCGUACCGCAUUCAUGCUGGAAAAACGGUGCCCAUUGUGAAAGGUGGCGAGUCCACUCGCAUGGAGGAGGAUGAAUUCUACGCCAUUGAGACGUUCGGCUCGACGGGUCGCGGUCUGGUCCACGACGACAUGGACUGCUCGCAUUACAUGAAGAACUUUGAUCUGCCGUUUGUGCCGCUGCGCCUGCAGUCAUCCAAGCAGCUGCUUGGCACCAUCAACAAAAACUUCGGCACCCUGGCCUUCUGCAAGCGCUGGCUGGACCGCGCCGGUGCCUCAAAGUACCAGAUGGCUCUCAAGGAUCUGUGCGACAAGGGCAUUGUGGAGGCCUAUCCGCCGUUGUGCGACAUCAAGGGCUGCUACACGGCUCAGUACGAACACACCAUUAUGCUGCGACCCACCUGCAAAGAAAUCGUUUCCCGAGGCGACGACUACUAGUGGGACGAGGAUCCGGAUAGUGACAGAUUUUCGGCGAUGUAUUGCUUGCAUUAUAUACGGUUUUUGAUAUAAGUUCAUUCUAUUGUUGAUUUUUUGUGAGCAUGCGCGAACCGAAUUAUAAAUACAGUGUAUUAUGCUCAGUA